GAUAAGAUGUACUAUCAGCUAGUACAAGGUGCCCCUGAACUCUUUCAUCAAACAGGCAAGAGUUGUCCACAUUAAUUUUCGUCACGCAGAGCUAAGGAAUUCUUUUGAUGAGGUAGACUUGGACAGGAUUUGAAUACGUAAUGGCUUUGAACGGUGGCUACAAGACUGUUUCCAUAACCGUCCUCAUUGCAACCUGUCUCGUUUUGGCUGACGGUGACGUCAUACGAGGAACAUAUCAUGCCUGGUGGGUAAUUCUACCUCUUCCGGUCAGCGCCGUACAGGGCAUGAUAAAUCAAAGCAACUCUCUGCGUGAUAUUUUGAUGGUGAAACCAACUUGGGAUGCCUGGCCGGAAGACAAACACCCCGUCCUUAUGGAAAUCGGCCGCGAACAGGAUUGUGGGCUUAUAUUUCCCUCCUGGUUACGAAGUAACUUCCUAGAAUACAAGUUUGAUAUUCCAUUCGUGCAGAGUAAAUCCGGUGGGAAUCCUCUUAACUAUAAGGUGGUGUUGUAUGAAGACAGUCAAGUGAACAGUAUCUCGUCAGACGUAGCUUACAAACUAAACGCUACCAAAGCGGCCAUGAAGAUGACAGAAAACUCCUACACCAUUUCCAAAAACGGAGCAAUCUUUUCGGCAUUGUUUUCAUCGAACAAUACAUGGUUUACUGCCUCUGCAAUGCCGGAAUUUCAAGUUUACAAAGACGUAGCAAAUCUAAAAUGGUUUGGAGGAAGAGGACUGGAGACGUGCGCACAGCACCACUAUGAUUUCUCUUCUGCCAGAAUACGCCCUGCAGCAGUGUUAAACAUGACCUUCACUCCUAAUCUGCUAAACACAUUCUUCCCUGUCUACGGUUUCCACAGAAACCCAUUAUCUGGCAUUGAUUCCUUUGGCAGUAUUGAGAUUGUGACCAACUUCACAAUGUCUUUACCACAAUCGUGCACUUAGAAUUUUGAUAAACGCAUGGGCAUGCAUUACUAGUAAUACACAUUCGUAUCGUAUUGUACACAUUUAUCACAUACUAAGUCUUUAUAACCGGUCAUGGGAACUCAGUGGUAGUGCAUUCUCUUCGUAACCGGGAGGUCGUGAGUAUGAGUCCCGCUCGCAGUAAACCCGAGACGUAACUAUGGGAGUGAUUGCUCAUUUGACAACGCUUGGCAUCACGGAUCUUUCGGAUAUGACCUUAAUAACGGAAAUCCCGUGUCGCAAGCGGCGUUGGCUCCUUAAAGAAUCCUCCCUGCAACGGCCCUGAGCGCUAAGCAUACAUUGUAGGUCUAUUUGUGUUACUUCACCUUCAGCUGAUGACGUCUCAAAUAUGAGUGAGAAUUCUCGAAGAGAAACAAACUUACAUACAGAUUUUGUUAUAAAUACGGAUUUUUGCAUGCACCCAAAAUGAAUGCUUUCGAAAUAUAGGAUUUUAAGCACCUAUUAAAUUAAAGUAGAAAGAACGCUAUCAAAAUUUAGGAUUCUUAGCACUUCUUACAUUUAAUUAGAAUGAACACGUUCAAAAUAUAGGAUUUUCGUUUAAAGUCAUUCAUUACUUUCCAAAUGAAAAUACAGAAAUUACAUCAAAACAUUAAUUGGAAUUAACGACACAUAGCAGCUUUAGUAUCUGUAAAUGUUAAAUGUAUAUGAUUAUAUCAAAUAUUUCUAACUAAACACUUUAACUUGUGCGUUCUACGAACAUGUAUCGUCAUAAACUGGUAUGAAACAAAUACUCACAUCGUUAUAUGUAUAUAAAUAGAGAGAGAGAGAGAGAGAGAGAGAGAGAGAGAGAGAGAGAGAGAGAGCAUUACUACAGCUAAAGAACCAUGAAACCAGGAAUUUGUAAUUCCAAAGAAGUAAUUCAUUAAAUCAAUACCAAGAAUACGAAAUUUUCGAGAUGCGUCCGAGUUACGUCCCAUUAGAUAACUCUCGUACACACGGUGUGGGACAAAUGCCCAUCACUGCAUAGGUCAAAGAAAUUAUAUUUCUUCGCUUUCUUAUGUAUCAAUAGAAUGAAUGCUCUUAAAAUAAAGGAUUGAAUAAACGCU